CCAGUCUUCCUCCGUGGCCCUUGGGGCAGCAGCUCACACCUGUUCAUUCUGGUGAUUAAAACCAGACGCAGAGGCACCUCUGUUUGAAUCUUGUCACUGUGUCUUCUCCCUGGUUUGGUGGCCUGCUCCUGGAGUGCUCAGUUCUGCUGCCAACAUGCCCACCCAGCUGGAGAUGGCCAUGGACACCAUGAUUAGAAUCUUCCACCGCUAUUCUUGCAAGGAAGGGGACAGAUUCAAGCUCAACAAGGGGGAACUGAAAAUGCUCCUGCAGCGCGAGCUCACAGAGUUCCUCUCGUGCCAAAAGGAUCCUCAGUUGGUUGAUAAGAUAAUGCAGGACCUGGACGCCAAUAAGGACAACGAAGUGGAUUUUAAUGAAUUCGUGGUCAUGGUGGCAGCUCUGACAGUUGCUUGUAAUGAUUACUUUGUAGAACAAUUAAAGACGAAAGGAAAAUAAAGAUAAGUAGCAAGCUAACCUAAAGGCAGAAAUAUAUCCAAAGUUACUUACCAUUCAUCUACACCCUUCAGAUCUAUAGACACAGUCAUGUCAUUUAAAGAUAUAAUAUACCUAUAAUUACUUGCUGGUAUUAUUUAA